AUGACUAUCGUCGCUGGAUUCUUUGGUGGUGCAUCUAUGCGCAAUUUCCCGAGUGAACAAAACCCAGUGGAUCCUGAAACCGAACUCGACGUCUGUGUCAACAAGUUUAGGCGUACGGGCUUCCAAGGGGGCCUGAUCAAACUGGUUGUCAUCAGCGUAGAAAUACAGAGGGAUUUCGACACUUUUGCUAGCAAGGAGAUCGAAAUGCCUCUCUUAUACAUCACUGGGACGAAGGAUUGGCUAAACUACCAGCAUCCGGGUUUCAUUGACAAGCUGAGGAAGGGCUGCGCCGGUUUCCACGGUCUAAAGUAG